ACACAAAACAUUAAAGUAUAUGAAAGAAAUCAAACGCAGACUAUCUUGCACAAAAACAUCCAUAAAUCAGUCGCAUCGCUUCAUGCAAAAACCUCAAAAGAAAUAAUACUAUUUAUUCGAAUAUUUCAGAAACAACUACAGAGGAGAGGAAAAUAUUUUGGUGUACAUCAAAAGGAACAGGCUCUUAUCCAAAUGGCCUCAAAAUCGUCAACAGAUAUUGGACAGUCCAAACAGUGGUCCUGUGCAGAGAAAAUGAAAUGUUCAAAUUUUUCCAACGAAUCGUCUUUGAACGGAAAGAAACAUUCCAAAGAAAGGUGCUUCAUUUCACUGGAACGUUCAAAACGACAAAAAAAGUCCAAUGGGCAGCAUUUCGAUGAAAAACGCAUUUCAAAAUUUGGUGAGCCUAGCUCUCACAAGAGAACCUACAUUGAUGUUGAAGAAUUGGAAUUCGAUGAAGAAAAAACGAACAAAAAACACUUUAAGGAAAAGAAGCAUUCUGAUGAAUUGCAAUUAGCGGCACCAGAGAGACAUAAAAAUGGACGACGUAAAAAAAUGAAAACAAGACAAUGCGAAGCAAAAAGGGAGAACUUGAUACGACAAAAUAGCCGCUCUAGGCGCUUGGUUGCAAACGCUAGAGAACGUUCAAGAAUCCAUAUUUUAAGUGACGCAUUUGAGAAUCUCAGACGUGCUGUACCUAGCUAUUCCCAAGACCAAAAACUUUCAAAGCUUGCCAUCCUUAAGUUAGCCACAUAUUAUAUUUCAGCGCUUGCAAAUCUUGCGGAGAGCGACACUUCUGCGAGGUCGUUAAAACAGUUUGCUGACUGUGUCGAGCAUUGUACGAUGGCUUUGCAAACAGAAGGAAGAACACGACGCAAACAGUUUGAAUAAAUGAUAAUUAUAUUAUGUAGUAGUUAAUGCAAAAAAACUGUACAUAAACAAGUAUUGUGGCGAUUGUAAAAGAACGAAUAUGCAAAAUACAACACGAAGGGAUGAGUCUCUUUUCUUCUUUGCUUAUAUAAUUCAA